AUUUCUGAACCUACUAAGAUUAACAAAACAAAAUAAAAUAAAUGCGGAUUAUCUACAUUCGACUACCCAUAUAAGCACUCGCAUCUCAAUACCUGAUUUUAUACAGACGUUACACUGCGUUACAACUUACUCAUUAUACUUCAGUUAAAAAAGCAAGGCAAGCAAGGCAAGCAAAACAAUAUGGAAUUCGAUACCAAGACUCGUAAGUUUAUUCUCAUUUCAUCUCAUGUUUGUUUGCAAGCCCCCUUAUACUCCGAGUUCCCUCAUCUCCUGGGGUUCAGGAUGAGAAGAGAAGAGAAGAGAUAUAGUAUAUGGGGGGAGAAAUACUUAUGGAAAGACUGACGCUUUUGUGGAUGAUUAGCUCUUUAUUAUACGAAUGAUAAAACGUCUUUUGCGUAUGUUUCUGCGAGGGAUCGUUGGCCGGUUAUUUUGGUAUGUUUUGUUUUUGUUUUUCUUUUUUGAAGGGGGUUUUGGGAGGGGGUAUUGUCUGUGAAUAAGGAGGGGAGGAUGGAGAGGACGGUAUGAAUGGGGAUAGGGAUAGAGGACCUGUCUGCGCUUGAAACUUUUUCUAUCCACAUAGUCUGCCUCCACGGCAGUGGCCCCCGGAGGGCCAGCGGAGCGUCUUUUCAAUCGAUUGAUUAUUAUUCCUCGACCUUUUGCUGAUAAUUCCACAGACUGGUGCAAUCGAUGAUGUACAUAGAGCAGUAUCCGAAUCGACAGGUAGCAAACACGAGGAAGGAAAACGUAUAGUCGAGACUCUUGCAAAGCUAAAAUAUGAGCUUCAACAUGAUAGGAAGUUAACGUAUGGAAUUCUACUCUUUUGAGAGUUCCUGCGCUGACCUGGAUUCUAGUCCUCUUCUUGAUGAUGGUCAACCAGAUAUUGAGGGUUAUAAUAAGGAAUUGGAACAAUUGGGUUAUCCAUCAUGGUUUAAUGUUCCAUGGUUAUUUGCAGAAUGUUAUCUCUAUAGGUAUUUUUUUAUUACACUAUCCUCACCCUGACUUAACUAACAAUUAUAUUACAGACGCGUAGCAACCUCCUUUUCCUUAUCCAAAGAAUGGAAAUCCCACGAUGUAUUUGCUCGCCAAAAGAUGUCAACAUUUCGUUCCUCCCGUCCCGCUGUUCUCGAACUCGCAAAUCGCUAUCACGAACUUAUAACCCAAAUGUCAAACAACAAGAAUCAAGAUGAAGAGGCGGAAAAAAUACUCUUCAUGGAAAUGUGCGAAAUCUGUCUAUGGGGAAAUGCAACGGAUCUUUCACUCUUAACAUCACUUACCUACGAAGAUAUUCAAAAAUUGCAAGGUUCUGAAGCACGAAAGAAUUCGGAAAAGAAUAUCCUCAUCAAUGAUUUGGGUAAAGUUUAUGAUGUUCUUAAGGCUGCUAAGAAUGAGGGAAGAAAUCGUCAAGUCGAUAUCGUACUUGAUAAUGCUGGAUUCGAGCUCUAUGUGGAUUUAAUCUUGGCCGGAUUUUUACUCAGCGCAGGUCUUGCUACAAAUGUCGUUUUACAUGCUAAAGCCAUUCCAUGGUUUGUAUCAGACGUUGUACCAAAAGACUUUUCGGAUUUAUUAAAUGCAUUAAAUAAUGCUCAAUCCUUUUAUUCUACACCAUCUGAAGAUGAACAGAGGGAUGAAAAAACACCAGAACCACUUUCCAAAAAGGAAGAAGAAGAAUUAGAUUUCUUGUUUAAGACUUGGAGCGAAUUUCAUUCAGAAGGUCAAUUAACAUUAAGAGCUAAUAGAUUUUGGACUGAAGGAGGGAGUUAUUGGAGAUUGCCUGGUACGGCACCUAGAUUAUAUGAAGAUCUUAAGGAAAGCGAAUUGGUUAUUUUCAAGGGGGAUUUGAAUUAUCGAAAAUUAACGGCCGAUGCCAUAUGGGAUCCUACAACACCAUUUACCAAAGCCAUUGGACCAUUGGGACCAGGGUCUGGUGUUAAUGUAUUGGCGUUGAGAACUUGUAAGGCGGAUGUGGUGGUUGGAUUGGAGGAGGGAAUGGAUGAGAAGUUGAGGGGAAUGGAUGGAGGUGGCGGGGAUAAUGGGGAGAGGAAGUGGGCAUGGAGUGGGAAAUGGGCUGUGGUUAGUUUUUCUGGUGGAAAGUAAUGGGUAUGUAGAGGAGGGAUUAGAUGGUUGGGAUGGAUGGUUGGGAUGGAUGGUUGGGAUGAAUAGUGAGAUGAGUGGAGGAAUACAUACCUAGAGUAUAAAAACAGAGAGGGGUGGUGUUUUUUUAAGUAUUAUACCUAUUCAUGGAAAUUCAAGAAUACACAAU